CGUAUAUUGCGCCGAUUGCGUGUCCUUGACGCAACAACAAUCCCCGUCAAUACAGCUCAAAUCUGUUUAUCGCGGAGUGGAUAUUUUGCUAGCCUGAUAAUUUCUCACAAACAGUGCCGGAUUUGGGCUAUUAUGGCGUCUUUGGGGGAACCUGUUCGACUGGAAAGAGACAUUUCUCGGGCCAUUGAAUUGCUUGACAAGCUCCAGAGGACGGGGGAAGUGCCACCCCAGAAACUGCAGGCACUGCAAAGGGUCUUGCAGAGCGAGUUCUGUAAUGCUGUGCGAGAGGUGUAUGAACAUGUGUAUGAGACAGUGGACAUUAACAGUAGCCCAGAAGUCAGGGCAAAUGCCACAGCCAAGGCCACUGUUGCAGCGUUUGCAGCCAGUGAGGGGCACUCACACCCUCGCGUGGUGGAGCUGCCUAAGACUGAGGAAGGACUUGGCUUCAAUAUAAUGGGAGGGAAGGAACAGAACUCUCCUAUUUACAUCUCACGCAUCAUUCCUGGGGGAAUCGCCGACCGCCACGGGGGCCUCAAGAGAGGCGACCAGCUUCUUUCUGUCAAUGGGGUGAGUGUGGAGGGGGAGCACCAUGAGAAAGCUGUGGAGCUUCUCAAAGCUGCCCAGGGCACUGUGAAGCUGGUGGUCAGGUACACUCCUAAAGUCCUUGAAGAAAUGGAGUCCCGCUUUGAGAAGAUGAGGUCUGCAAAGCGCCGGCAACAGAACAGCUAUCCCCAAUAGUGUUUUUUCAUCACUGGCACGCAAUUCCCUCAUCUUUCACCCUCUUCCAGCCAUCUGUCCCAGUCACAAUUUUAACCUUCUUCUAAAACUUAGCACACUAAGUUUUUAGUUUGGAUCCACAUACAGUGGGGCAAAAAAGUAUUUAGUCAGCCACCAAUUGUGCAUGUUCUCCCUCUUAAAAAGAUGAGAGAGGCCUGUAAUUUUCAUCAUAGGUACACUUCAACUAUGACAGACAAAAUUAGAAAAAAAAAUCCAGAAAAUCACAUUGUAGGAUUUUUUAUGAAUUUAUUUGCAAAUUAUGGUGGAAAAUAAGUAUUUGGUCAAUAACAAAAGUUUAUCUCAAUACUUUGUUAUAUAGCCUUUGUUGGCAAUGACAGAGGUCAAAUGUUUUCUGUAAGUCUUCACAAGGUUUUCACACACUGUUGCUGGUAUUUUGGCCCAUUCCUCCACGCAGAUCUCCUCUAGAGCAGUGAUGUUUUGGGGCUAUUGCUGGGCAACACGGACUUUGAACUCCCUCCAAAGAUUUUCUAUGGGGCUGGACAUGUACUGGCUUAAGCAGGGGGACAUGUACUGGCACUGCAGGAUUUGAGUCCCUGGUGGCGUAGUGUGUUGCUGAUGGUAGGCUUUGUUACUUUGGUCCCAGCUCUCUGCAGGUCAUUCACUAGGUAUGUCUUCCAUUCCCUAAUAAUUGCUCCCACAGUUGAUUUCUUCAAACCAAGCUGCUUACCUAUUGCAGAUUCAGUCUUCCCAGCCUGGUGCAGGUCUACAAUUUUGUUUCUGGUGUCCUUAGACAGCUCUUUGGUCCUGGCCAUAGUGGAAUUUGGAGUGUGACUGUUUGAGGUUGUGGACAGGUGUCUUUUAUACUGAUAACAAGUUCAAACAGGUGCCAUUAAUACAGGUAACGAGUGGAGGACAGAGGAACCUGUUAAAGAAGAAGUUACAGGUCUGUGAGACCCAGAACUCUUGCUUGUUUGUAGGUGACCAAAUACUUAUUUUCCACCAUAAUUUGCAAAUAAAUUCAUUCAAAAUCCUACAAUGUGAUUUGAUGGAUAUUUUUUUUUCUCAUUUUGUCUGUCAUCGUUGAAGUGUACCUAUGAUGAAAAUUACAGGCCUCUCUCAUCUUUUUAAGUGGGAGGACAUGCACAAUUGGUGGCUGACUAAAUACUUUUUUGCCCCACUAUAUAUUAUAUUUCUACCUUUUCUACACCCUACCCCUGCGACUUCUGACACCACGACUCAAGACAAACACUAGAUUUAUCAUAUUUCUACAAGUAGUUGGUCAUUCACGCUUUACAUGUGCAUUACAUUUUGGGCUGACAUAUUGGAUGCCUUUUGAGGACCUAUGAGACCCACAACAUAGGUUCAUUGAUUGAAGAGAUGGUAUUUAUUUAUUUUAGUACAGCCUUUAUAAUGUGUCUCAGGGCAAUACAAAUAUAUUUAAACUUGUACUGUCAUACUGUCAUUCAAAUUACCCUCAUUUUCAUGUGGGUAUAAAAUUAGGCUCAGAUGAUUUAACACUUCAAUGCUAGUUUACUAAGCAUUUGCAGGAAUGCAAACUUCACACCUGCUAUUUUUGAAAGUGAAAAGAACUGGUAGUAAUAGAAUACAUUUGGGAUAUAAGAGGUAUAGAAUAUAUAAAUUCUCAAAGGAAUUGUGUGUGAAUUUAUAUAGAGAUGUUGUGUUUACCAGUAUAUGAAGGCUAAAUGGAGACGUUAUGUUUCACCAUGGUCUCUUUCUUGUUUUUUUCCCCUCCUGAAAAUAACAGGUGUGAACGUUUUGGUAGAUCUGUGUUUAGUAUUCUAAUCUUAAAUUGUUAAGGAAUUAAAUAAUACAUUCUCUGAAUUUAUUUUUAACCUUGUGCUGAUGUUUUUACUGUCUUACAAGCUUUAAAAAAAGAUUUUGCUGUCUCGUAAAAUAUUCAGCAACUUCUAGCUUUUGCAUCCCAUGAAUCAUUUAGAGCCUUCACAUGUGUAGGUUUUUAGUGGGCUGGGAGAAGGCUUACUAAGCACAGCAUCUGUCUAUUAAAAUUCAGAUAACCGUUUUCCCUUAUGACAGUAAGGGGGGACAGUAUACAAUUUUGAGACCUGAGGCAAACCUGACAUUUUAAAUAUUUAAAAAGAGCAAUAAGUCAGAACCUUUCGAAACCACAGGGGUAUUUCAUGAACAGGGUCAGUGGAUUUUGAGAUUCCCCAAGAAAGCUGCAUUCCCAUAGCCAUUUUUUUUUCAUUUCUUUGAGUUAUUUUGCUCUAUUCACACAUCAACAGUGUGGCCAACUCAUUCAAAGUGGGUUUACAGUAGGUCAGCCAACUUGUCUCAGCGACGACACAAAUGCCAUUGUUAUCCAACACAAACUGAUGUUUCCAAAAAGCAUAAACGAGAAAAAGACAAUUGCACUACCACCAGCAUGGUUGUUUGAAAUAGGGUGCUACCUGUUAUCUUUCAAUGCGGGUAAACCCUUUAUUGAAUGGCAUUCAUCAAAAAUGAAUGUUAUCUACUGGUAUGUGAAACCCACCUUCAUUAAUACAGUUCAAAAUAAAGACCAAUAACGUUGCUAUGCUGUUGCUAAGCUGUGGUUGAGUUAACAAAGCCAUAUUUUGGGUUGCUGACUUACAGGUUUGAAUGAUUACUUGUUGACCUAUAAAAUUAGGUACAUGUCCCAUUUGGGUGAACUAUCCCUUUAAGAUGUUAACUUAAUUUGGCAUCACUGAUUUCAAUUCCAGAUAUGUUAUUUUUCACCCGAAUAGUAUAGUUUAUUUUAAUUUUAUGGUCACUCGUGAAUGUACUGUAUAAUUCCAGUUAUAUUGAUAAAAUAGAUUUAACGUUUUUGCUGAAUUUAAUAAAAUGUAUUCAUCUAAAUCAUGAAACAUUUUGUAUUUCAUUCACAAGUUUUCUUCACUUCAUAAAGAAAAUAUUCUAUGUUCUAUUCAUACUUUUAAACAGAUGUGUAAAAUAAACAAAGGCUUAACAGAUUUGGCACCCCAUAGCAAGUUGGUUACAUGUCGGCUUGCCCCUCAGUAUGAUUACUGAAAUGUCCUUGUGACUGACAUUAAUGGUUUCAACAGAAUGUUCAGGACAGUUACCAUGCCAAUUCCUAGAGCUUUGUGAAACACCCCUCAGGUUUCUACCCUCUUAUAUUUUGGAAGGGUCAAUAAAAUAUUUUUCUAAGUGUUUUCUUUUGAUAUUUUUAUUUUUUACAAGGGAUUUUCAUGAGAGAGAAAAAUCCUGAAAUGAUUUGUAUUCCUUUUCUGACUGUUAUAUUCUUGUUUUGAGUACCAAGACCAAACUUGAAACUUUUAUGAGAACUAUUUGAUAUCAUGUUUAAUGUUUGCUUGUUUUGGACUGUUCGGUCUACUUACAAAAUAUGCUGCUCUCAGUUUAUUCUGUCCAUUUGUAUUGUGUCACAUUGAUGUGGAUGUAUAGAAUAUUUAGAUCAAAAUUAUUUAGAUCCAAAAACUGCACAAAAUAAACGAUACCAUGAAAAAUGU